AUGUUACCUAACGCAGUAACUCACAAUUCUUUACGAAAUCCGAUUGAAGGUUGUCAAAAGCAACCACUAAUAUUAUUAGAAGAAGCUAUUUGUCCUAUUAGUCAUCUGUUUAGAAAUCUCGAGUCUCAUGUUGAUUUAGCUAAAAAGGCCUGUAAAAAUUCACUGAAUAACUUGACACAAGAUCAGUCUGCUAGUAUUUAUCUUUAUACCUAUGAGUUGCCAUCAGGUCAACCAUCGUUUUAUCAAGAAUUAAAUCGAACACUUCGAUCCGAACAACGCAAUACUCUGGAGAUAUGGUUACCACACCUAAAAUUAUUUCUGACAGCAUUAUAUAAGUUACACUCGAUUAGCGACAUUGUAUGGCGUGGUGUACGUAAUAUAGCUUUGACUCAAGCAAUCUAUCAACCGGAUACACAAGUCCAAUGGUGGGCUGUAACUUUGUGUACAACGAAUGAUAAUAUUUUAGAACAACCACAAUUUCGUGGUAAUACUGGACGUCGUACACUAUUCUCUAUUUAA